AUGUCCAAGAAGGUUUCUAUCAUAGGUAAUGGAAACUGGGGCACUGCAAUAGGCAGGCUUCUGGCAAGCAACACGAUGGAAAGCAGCAUAUUUGAAAAGGACGUCAGGAUGUGGGGAUAUAGAGAGGAAUUUGAGGGGAGAAUCCUAAGCGACAUUAUAAACAGCGAGAGAAACAAUCCGAAGUACUUGCCAGGAAUCCAUCUUCCCGAGAACCUUAAGGCUGUUGAAGACAUAUGCACCCUUUCUGACUCGGAUGUGCUUGUUUUUGCUCUUCCCCAUCAAUAUAUAAAGGCCAUAGAACCUUUAAAGGGAUUGGUGAAGAGCAACUGCAUUGGGGUGUCGUUGACAAAAGGAUUUAUUGGCGCAGAAGAUGGAGACAUAGAUCUGGUGAGUAGGUCUAUUCACAGGAUUCUAAACAUAAAUGUAAGCGUGGUGAUGGGAGCAAAUAUCGCCGACCAAGUUGCACGAGACAUGAUAAGCGAAGGGACAUUGGGGUAUACAGAUGAGGAUGCAGCCGACAUAGUUUACAAACUCUUUAAUAGUUACACAUACAGGAUCACAAAAAUCAAGGAUGUCUAUGGAGUGGAAAUCUCUGGAGCCUUGAAAAACAUUGUUUCCAUGGGAUAUGGCUUUGCAGAAGGACUAGGUUACUGCUGCAAUACAAAGGUCGCCAUAUUCAGGAACGGAUUUGCCGAAAUGAGAAAGUUCUUCAAAUUUUUCUACCCGAUGGCAACAAUAGAGUCCCUGUUUCAGUCAUCUGGAGUGGGGGAUCUUCUUGUAUCAUGCAUUUCGGGAAGAAACUUCAAAUGUGCAAAGCUUAUGGCAGAAAAAAGAAUGAGCUUAAAAGAGGCCGAGGACACCAUGUGUUUUACAAAGCUCCAGGGGCCAAACACAGCUCUUAUUGUAUACAAUUACCUGAAAAGACAAAAGAGAACUGAUGAGUUUCCUCUCAUAAGCACUGUGUACAGAAUAUGCUAUGAAGAUAAGGGAUACGAUUCCAUUUUGGAGUGUAUUUCUUCCGAGUCUAUUGAACAAUAA